AUGCGUUACUCAUACAUCAUCGCUGCCUCUGGCUGCCUUUCCAUGGUCUCCGGUCAUGGUUUGGUCACCUCUAUCCAAGGAGCAAACGGCGUCACCAUGCCCGGCCUUAGUGUCGCCGAUGGUACUCCACGUGAUUGCAGCAGCAACGGCUGCGGCUCUCAAGCAGACACCGCCAUUAUCCGGGACCGAGAGCUUGGCACACAGAGAGCUAGUGCUCUAGGACGCACUCAAGGCAACGGUCCUAUUGAUGCCUCACUCAUGAUCGCCAACUUCAUGGAUGCCUCCGCCGGGGCCCCAACCAACAACGGCGCCGCGUCAUCCGCUGGCGUCGAGGACGACCUCUCGGCUCUCAAGGGAGCCAAGAACAACAACAAGCGCGGCUUCCUCGAUGGCCUCUUCGGCGGUGGUGCCGGCGGCAGCCGCAACCAAGGCACGAAGUCCUCGAAGCCAGUCGAGGACUUUGUCGCAGCUUCCGCAGGACAGGGCUCGGCUUCGGGACUGCCAACCUGCAGCGACGACGGCUCGAUCACCAUGACCUUCCGCCAGAUCAACCAGGACGGCGCUGGCCCACUCACAGCCGACGUUGACGGAACCUCUGGUGGCACUGACGUCAAUGCUUUCCAGAAUGCUCAGGUUACGCAGGAUGUCCCCGGCCUCCCAUUCGGCGGUCUCUCGCUCGCGACUAACACCGACUUCCCCGUCACGGUCCAGAUGCCCGCAGGCAUGACCUGCGACGCUUCCGUCGGCGGCGCUGACAACGUCUGUAUCGUGCGCGUCCGCAACGGCGCUGCUGCCGGCCCCUUCGGUGGCUCUGCGGCUUUCACGCAGUCCCCCGCUGCCAGGAAGCGCGCCAUUGCCUAUCGCCUGAAGAAGCGCUCCGCGGCCGAUAUGUACCAGAACCGACGCCUGCGUUAA